AAAAUGGAAUCCUCAGAUCAUCACUUGAUGAAUCCAGAACACCUGAAAAAUUGUCUACUAGUUAAACAAAAGUGUUUAACUGAUUUUAUUGCACUAAUCAAUAAUGAAGGCGAACACCGAUUGGCACAUUGUCGUAAUGCUGUACAACAGAUAGCUGACUCUACAGGACGUAAUGAUACUACGGCUGUGGUUAUGUUAGCUCGUCGAGAAUUGUCCGCCUUUCAUGUGGAAUUGAGUAAUCUACAAAAGGUGAAUGAAGCAGAGUUGAAAAAGAUUCAAGCGAAAAUUGACAGUCACGCUAAACUGGUCAGUAGUAUUGAAACUGAAGAGAAUUGGUUGGACGAUCUUGAGCAACAAGUCACUCAAAACUCGACAUCUCCAAACGGUUCUCAGUCCAUCAUUCAGAUAAUAUCACGUAUACAGGCAGAUAAUACUCUUUACAAACAAUUACUUGGCAGUAUCAAUUCACAUGGACAACAGGCUCAUGACCGAUUACAGUCUGAAGCACAGUCAUUGGAGGAUACUGUGUCACUGGGACGAAUCAAUACCUGGCAAAGUCGUCUGCAAACAUUAAAACGCAAUUUAGACGAAAAAAUUGCCAACACAAGUGAACAGAGUAAAUCACUGCAGGAAUUCAAGCAAGGUGUGGAUAACUUCAGAUUAAGCCUGAAGAAUUUAGAGCGUCAACGGAACACAACUCUCAGUACACCGACAAUUAGUUAUGUCAAUAUGGAGACUGACAGUCAACUAUUGGAAGAUUCAUACUUGACCAUGAGAAAGCAGAUUGAAGAUCUUCGUGUAAACAGCAAAACCGGAUUACAAACAAAGUUUAACAAUUUAAAAAGUCAGGCGAAAUCGCUAAACUUCAUCCCGAAAGAUCUGCAUGAAUGUCAAGAGCAACUGGAUCAGUUCAAUAAACAGCUCGACCAGGAUUAUAACGACAUCACCAGUACACUUGGAGAGCUCAACCAAUUAAAUCAAUCAGUGGACAGUAUAAAAACUCUUCUCAAGUUGAAUACUGAUAAAAUCCUCAGUAUCACUAAAAAGGAGCCUCUAGGCACUAGCAGCCUCGACGUCAAUGAGCUUUACACAUUUUAUCAGUCGAACUUUGACGAAAUGAAGUUGAUUUGUCAAAAUCUCGGUGUUGAACUAACCCGUGAAUCACCGUCGAAUCGUAAUAAAUCUUCAAAACUCUCUCAACUUGAAGAACAAGUUGUCCAGAAAAUCGAUAGCCUGAUACUGACUCGUCCCAAAGUCUCCAGCUUCCUGUCCACAAUGCAAAGUGAUCUACGUGGUAAAAUCAAUCAGACGACAAGUGAUGCCUUCGAUAGGCUGUCUGAAGCAUCACGUUUCACCACUGCUCUUCACACAGUCGUAAUCUGUUACAAAGAGGCCCAGAGCAGCUUAGAUUCAAUUGAAAAAGAUUACGACUCUGGUUGUUCAAAGAUCUCCACGGAGUCAGGUGAAUAUCUGAUAAAACAAAUGAACGAUCUACUGGGUCGAAUAAAUUCAGAGGCGAGUGUAAAUCAAACCACACUGACUGAUGCUAUUCAAAAUGUCUCAUCGAAAUAUGCCUAUUCAAGCAUAGAUGACAUUCUGUCUACGUGUUUAAAACACUACACACGAAGAAAAGAAACACUGACAGAGAAAAUUAAGGGUACAAUUGAAAAAUGUGAACAAUCCUACAACCUUGAGAAUAAUUUUUUGGAAAACUUAAGAGAAUUGGACUCUGAAGUGAAUCACUUAUCAGAUACGAUCAUAAAUCAAAUGUCUGAUAACAUAUCAAAUACACAGAAAGCAUUAGAUAAAGACUUUGAAGGUCGAAUUGAUGUAGCGUCAGACAAAUAUGUAACAUUGAACAGUCGUUAUGAAAAGCUACGUAACAAUUAUAAGCAAGCAAAUUUAAAUAAUGAUAAAAUUAAUGAACUUAUAGUUUCCGUGAGUGUUAAACUUGAAAAUGUUCAUGAAAAUUUAUCCAGCUGGAAAAAUUCCUAUAAGACACAAAAAGAGAAUUUCAAAUCGCUUCAAACAAAAUUAAGUCAGUGUAAAGAUCAACUGAAUAAAAUUCGAUCAGAAAUUUUAAGAAAUUUGCAUAAAUUUAAUGUGAAAUCAACUCCAUAUAUUCCAUUGAAACAAAGUUUAGAAAUGAUUAUUGAUGAGUUAACGGAUUAUCAGAGCGAUUUCAGUAAUAUUCAUCAAAUAAUCAUCAAUGAACAAGAUGUGAAAUCAAUUGAACCUUUAAAAAUCAAUAAAUGUAUUGAUUUGCAUAAACUUGUAAUUGAAAUUAUACAACUAAAGAAUGAUAAUACAUUCACUGUACUCAAUCCUUCAGUUGACUGGAAUGAUUUCGUCACUGAAUUAAACUCUUCAGUCGAAUGGAUUCAAGAUAUUCUUGAUGAAUUCAGAAUGAUUUUAACAGAUUUAAACAAUUUAUUGACCAAAAUGGACGAUCUGAAAAAGUUGUAUGAAGAAACUAAAAAUAUUAUUUCUGAAAAAUCCUUACCUACUGAAAUUGACAUUACAUGUAUUACAGUAAAAAGUGAAAAAUCAUCCAUCAAAGGGAAACUUAUUCAUGACCUGGAAACAAUUAAAGAAUAUCAAUUAAUCAAUAUACAAAAUGAUUUUAAAGCAAUUAAACAAAAAGCUAAUAGAUUAUUGAGUAAACCACAAACCGGUGGACAAUUCAAAUUUAUUGAUGAUGUCCAAAUUUUUGAAUAUUGUGAAUCAAUGGAAAAAUCAAUUGACUUAUUAGUCAAUAAUUUAAACGAUAUGAUAGCAAAAUAUAAAAAUUUAUUGGAGAAUGAAAAUCAGUUGUUUAAGUUGUACACCUCAGUGAAUGAAUGGAUUGAAGGUUAUGAAAACGAGUUGUCUAACCUUGAAGACAAUAUCCCAACAUCAAAUAUACAAAGUGUACAGUCUUCACCCACUCAUAAACAUAUUGAAAAGCAUAUACAAGAUGUAAAUAAUUUAGAGAAUAAGUGUAAACAAGGUGAAAAAUUAUUAGAAAUGUUGAUCAAUAAGUUAGAACAACAAAAGUUAACGAAUACUCCAGAAAUCAAAACACUUCAUGAACGUAUCACUGGAUUGGGUAGAUCACGGUUGAGUAAUCUUAAAAGUGCCUUAUUAAGCAUGAAAGACAGUUUACAUAGCCUUGAAGUGAAUGGAAGGAGUAUAGAUGAAGAACUGUCAAAGUAUGAAAGUCAACUUAAUAGGCUGAAACAAACGUCCACAUCACUGUUAACGAUGAUGAAAAUGCAUAAUAUUGACGAAAUAAUGAAAGAGGAGAUCUCCGCAUCAAAUGUUGAAAAGUGGUAUGCAUUACGCAACGAUCUUGAAGGCUUUAAACAUUAUAAACUCGAUCUUUACGAGGCUAUGCAUAACAAAACUUCUGUAAAACCAUCCAAAGACCAUCUGACUGGCUAUAUCGAUCGUUACAACAAGUGUUUAACAGCAAUCAAUGAAAGAAUCGGAGAAAUUGAAGAAAAUGUUAUGAAAUUGGAGAAAUUCAAAGGAAGUGUACGAGAAUUUAAUAAAUAUUAUGAUGAUGCCAGUGCGAGGUUUAAAACACUAAUGCUUCAACUGAAAUUAGACUUGCCUGAAAACUACUCACCUAGUAAACUAAGUGAAGUGUGUAAUUUAUUCAUCAAAAAUACACAACAAACUAUAGCUAAUCUGAACGAUUUCCGUUCAAAUUGUCUCGAUAAGCUGCAAACUACUCAAACGCAAAUAAGUAGUCAAAGUGCAGACGGAGAAUUAAAAGUGGCAUUUGAAAGUUCAUCACUGUUUAAUCAAUACACAUCAUUUCGAUGUGUUCUGAGUGAUUAUAUGCAUGACCUUGGUGUAGCGAACAGUGAACUAAUCACACUCCACGGAGAUGCUGUUAAUUACGAAAAGUGGUUUGAGAAUCUGCAGCAACAAUUCCAGGAAAUGAAAGGUGAAGCGCUGACCGAGGAAAUGUUAUACAGUAGUAAAAGCAAUAUAUACCAUACUAACUCAUCGCUGUCAAUCAGUGAGCUGGAUGACGAAUCUAAAAAUAACACGUAUAACCUGUCACAGUUAAAUGCCUACUAUCAGAAAGCUCUACAAAGGCUACGUGAAUUGCAAAAGUCCGCCGCCAACGAGCCGUUGACUAGUCUUGCCGAGAGAUUUUCAACACUCAUCCGACAACUAGUCAAUACACAAAGCUCACUGCCUAAAUUAACUACUGAACGACAACCGGACGGACAGACAAUCAAUCAUCGUGUAGAUCAGAUCUGUAAUACCGUGAAACAAACACAGCAAAGUGUUAUUCAACAAAUCAAUCAGGAUGUUAAUACGAUUCAAGCAAAGUUGACGUAUUUAACGCGAUUGAUCCAGUCGAAUAAAGAUCUGGAUGCAUGGAUCAAGGAAUUCACUGAACUGGUACAUCACUUAAAAGAAGAUAGUGCCAAUCAAAAACAGUUUCCCCUUAAAGACAAUAGUAGGACAGAUGAAAUUCAAUUAAAGUUGGACAUUGGUAAAACAUACACUCAACCUGUACACGAAUGGGUUGAACAAUUGAAACAGAAUGAGGUGAACAGUUCAAUACAAGAUUUAUUGACUGAACAAAUUCACCGAUCGAAUCAAAUCUUUCAGUAUGCCAGAAAACAAAUUGAAGGUAUUAAACACGAACAGAAUAAACAGAAUGAAUUGUUGAAAAGUUUUGAAGCAGAAUUUAUUACUAUUGAAAAUUGGUUUAAAAAAUGGAAAGAAGCGCAUGCUUCAAUAAAGGUGAAAAUUUCAAAUCUCCUGUGUGAUAAAAAUCGAUUGGAUGAGAUCAAUAAAAUCGAUUUUGAAAUUGACAAUAUAAUUAACAGUUUAAAUGAAUUAAAAAAAGAGUUAGUAACUAAAAAUACACAAAGUCUGCUGUUAAAUUCUGAAAAUAAUAGUAACACUACUACGAACAAUAACAUCAGUAAUAUCGAGUUUAAUCGAUCAACUCAAAAAAGGCUAUUGACUAGUGAAAUUGACGAGAAUCAACAAUCAGUUGAACAGAAUAUUGUUUGUUUAAAACGUGUAAAAGUUAAAAUACGCGAACUGAGUAUAUCCUUGAAAAAGGCAAAACAAUGGGCAGGAGAAGUUUCAGAACAGUUGCCAAGGAUACGUGAUGGGAAGAGUCCGAUUAGGAUUUCACCAUAUCCCCUGAGAAGAAAUGAGACUGUCAAAUCAGGAUAUUGGAAAACCAACUAUCCUACAGAUUCCCAGUAUACAACUAGUACAUUUAUGCCUCAAUCAAAACAGCUGCAUUUAAAACAAUCUGGUGAGUUUAGAUCAGCAACACCACCGGCUUUCUGUAGUCUAAUCCAACAGACACGAGGUAAAGCCGAAGCUUUGAGCAGUUUCAUUGAAGAUGUGACUAAAUCAGCGUCUAUGACAGCCAAAGACGUCAACACACUACUAGAUGAACUCGAACCGGAUAUAUCUGAAUUACGAAUGGAUUCUGGAGUUAUAACAACUGAAAUCGAUACUAUUCAAAGUCAAGUUGAACAAAUCAUCACGAGUGCUAUCGAUUAUAGACAGGAAUUAGAAGAACUUAUUGAUCAGCUGAGUCAAUUGGAAGAUUCAUUAAACAACUGCAGAAGUUGGCUUGGUGUCAGUUAUACACAGAUCAGAAAGAUGAGUCACCAGGCUAUAUCAGGAAUUACAGAUCUGUCAGCAGUGAAUCAAUCCGCUGGAGAUCAGGAUCAAUUACUGAUUGACAUAUUUAGUCCACUUGAUGGGUUAAUUCAAAGUUAUCAGGUAUUCCAAAGUGAACUAAUGUCUCGUAAGUCAGAGUUAACUCAACUGAACAGCUUGUGUGAAAUAAUUCAGAAGAAAACUGGUGAUUCAAGUGCUAAAAAUUCUUUAAAUCAACUACUGGUUCAAAUUCACAGUCUGAUUAAAAGUUGCGAGGAUGUUUUAUCCAAACUACAGUUAGUUUUCAUGGAGAACAGAGAGUUUCAAGUGCUAUGCGGCAAUAUUAAGCAUUUCCUUGACAGUCUAAAUACUGAACUCAAAGGUAUCAGUAAAGGCGAUCAGAUCUCAGGUCUGCCAGAGGCUGAUUUGAGCACAUUAACUUCUAUGCGUGAGAAAUUACGUUCAUCUCAACCGAAGCUGUUAGAGCUAAGCGACAGGGCUGAUAGAAUCUGUCGGGCAUCUUCAACUGCUGCACUAACAAUGAAUCAAAUGUUCAUACUGCAUAAUGGUCAUUUCGAAGCUGUAGACACUGCUAAUGUCAGUUCCCCAGUACCAAUGGUAAAUUUCAAUCAACCAUCAGGUAUUCAACAUGGAUUUGAUAAUUAUAAUAAUACUGAGACUGUUGGUUCAAAAGCCAGACGACAGUUGAAUGAAUUUAGAAAAGAGUUUAGUGAAAUUAGUCAGAAAAUAACUGAGAACCAAGAGAAACUAAGUCACUUGGUGAAUGAACAGAAAAAUCUAACCGAAUUGUACAAUGACUUACGCGGAUGGACUGAUAAAGCAGAGAAGAGGUUGACAAUUCUUCAGUCGGGAAAAUUGCUACAUCCAACUGAAGGCAACGAAGAACAAUUUCAAGCUUUGUCAAACCUUGGCUCUAUUAAACUGAGUGAUAAUCAAUGGAAUGUAUAUGUUCAACAAGUCAAGGCAUUACACAAAGAGCUUAAUGAAUACACACCAAAGUAUGAACAUUUCUGUGACACUUUACCCAAUACGUCAACGUUCAAUGGUCAAACGAGUAAAUUUAAUCAGUUAACCGAAAGAUUUGCUAAAUUGAAAGAACAAGUUCAACAAUGCGCAGAGUGGGUCAAUGUUAUACAGCAAAAUUUGUCAGUAUUUCGUGAUUCAGCACAAGCUACUGAACGCUGGAUGAGUAGUAUAAACUUCCGUUUAAUGUCAGCUGGAAACAAUAAUAUUACUGGUAAUAACAAUGCAAACUUAACAGGAAAUUUAUCCAUCUAUCAAGACGCUUCAACACAAAUUGACCAGUUGAUUAGAGAAAUUGAUAUAGAAGGGAAAAAUCUUUUAGAAAACACACAUCAGUCAGUCCAUCUGUUGAUACAUUCAAUAUCAAAAGAUCACACGACGACAAAAAUGAACAAUAGAAUAUGUGAUUCUGUUGCCACCUGUCCUUAUCGACAAAUUCCUAUCGACCAGGGCGUAAUUGAUAAUUGGAAGUAUUUGGUGAAUAACAGUAACAGCGCAAGCGGUGAACAAGGCCUACUGGAGAGAAUUGCUUUAGAAGUAUUAGAAAGAACUAAAGAAAUAGAAACAAGUUAUGUGAAUAUUCAUACAAAUGCUCAAUCGAUCAAGAAUCGAUUGGAUGACCGAUUGAAUCGUUUCAAAUCAUACAUCGAUGCCCUGAAUUCUACUGCCACCUUUAUUCUAAAUGAUUUACAAUCCUGGUGGAGACGGUUGAGUCUGAUUAGUCAGUCGUCGUCAGCAGUAGCGGUGACAACAGCUGUAUCCUCAUCAGCAGCGGCAGUGACGGGUAUUCCAUCAGUGAAUCAGUUCAUCUCAGCGACAACAACAACAACCGAUGUCAAAGGAUUUACAGCAUAUACAAAUAAAAAUUUCAUCAAUUAUCAGAUAGAUCGACUGAAACAAUUAGCCACUGCUGAUAAGUCACCAGCUAAAGCAGUUAGCCUUGAAGAUGUUGGUCAUCAAUUGGCUAUGACAUUGGCUAUGCAAUCUCAGUUGAUUACAAUGAAAAGAGAAUUAUCUGCACUGGCUUACAAAUGUGGUAUGUCCUCAGUAGAAAUUGAUUUCAUCUCACAUGAAGGUGAUCGAAACACCAAUGAGAAUAGUAAUCAUCAAAGUAACAGUACUGAUCAGACACUUGUAAAACUGUUAGCAAAACAUGUACAAAAUGCAAUUGACUUAGAAAAUAAAAAGCUUGAAUGUCACGCUGAACAAUUACGUGAAAUGAGAACGAAAUGGGAGCACUAUGUUAAAGAACGUGAUGUAUUCAGCCGUUGGUUAUCUGAACGUCAAACUGCCUGUCAUCAUUUGUUAGAAUUACGAUCAAGGUCUACACAACCUGAAGAUGAAGAGAGGAGAGCACUUGAAGACUUUCUGCAUAGUUUACAAGAUCGAGAAUAUCAGCUGACUGAACUGUUAAAAAUGCAUCAAGAAUUGAUCCAGCAUAAUCCACAAAUUACUGAUUCCCUACUGGAUAGAUUGAAUACCGAAUUUAAAAACCUGCUUAAUCAAACCUCUUCUAGAAUUCGUCGUGUAGAAAAGGAACAGAGCGAGAAGAAGGUAGCUGAAGAGUCUCAUUCAUCAGAAUAUCGCGGAAGAAUACCAAUUUUACCAGAGAAGGCAGAGUCAUUAGUCCAACAAUCGGCUAAAACAUUAAGGCAUACACAACUAUUGAAUGAAUUAGCCAGAUCAGUGCGUCAGUUAAAACAUGAAGUUAUAGAUGGUGAGAUGGAUGCACAAAGAAGUACAUUUGUCUUAAAAAGGCAUAUCAAAAUGUUGGCUGCUAAUCAGCAUUACCAUGAUUGUUGACUUUCGUUAUCCAUUGACUUUCGAACCUUAUGGUUUUUGUUGUCGUCAUCAUGGUUAUCAUGACGACGGUUAGCAUGUUAACUGUUUGAAUACUUCCAAUAUAUACAUAUAUGCAUGCACACAUACUUGGUAUAUGUAUAUACAUUUCGCCUAUAUCCCAUGUUUUUCGUAAAAAGGAAGAAUUUAAAUAUUUAUUCAUUUAAUCAAUGUACAACUUAACGUUUUGCUGUUUUUUGUCUUAAAUCGAAAAAAAUUAGUUAUUCAGUUGGUCGACGUGAUGAAAUUAGUAAUUCUUCGUGUGCUACAGUCACUUCAGCUAAUCGGGGGUCUUUAAAAUCAUCAGCUAGUACUACCUUACAACAGACAAUAUCAACUGAAUCAGUUCGACGAAAUUUCCCGCCAUCUGAUUACUAUCCAAUAAUACAUUUAAACAAACAGUCAAACAGUAUUAAUAAUAUUAGUAGCACUAGUAAUAUUAAUAAAGCACGCCCACAAUCAUCAAUUGACUAUACACCUGUUUGGUGUUUGGAUGAUACAAAACAGCCUGGAAAUCGACCAGUAAGUCAGUCAAAAGAUGGAACUGUGUCAUGUUAUCAUACAGAUGGCUGUCAACAGUAUUCUGCUUCUUCUUCUUCUUCUCUUCGUAAGCCUUCUGCAUAUCAGAUACCAUGGAAAGAGGAAAUAUCCAUUGAAAAAAAACUCCACAGGCCAUCAAUUUAUCCAUACAAUAGUUCAACUGAUAAAUCAAUCUCAUUUACUAAACUACAUAACUCUGGAAAAUCAAAUACUCGUCUGCGACAAUCAAAUGAAUCUCUUUCAAGGAGUGCGUAUGGCCCAUAUAAUUCUAGAAGGAAAGUAGUCGCAUCUGCGACACAGUCUACUGCUUAUCUGCCUAUUUCUUGAAGUUUAAAUGUCAAGACAUAAAAGCUGACCUUCAAGUUAUAUGAACCUUACUUCAAAUAAAACAAUCCUGUCGACUUUCUAAUGUCUAAAAAUACCUAUUAUUACUAUUAAUUAAUGAUUACACUGAAAUCCAAUGUCGCCUUUCCUCAUAAACUGACUAGUUUUCAUGUGCUUCCAAUCAUUCCUUGUCUCAAACUGAUGACGCUGUAACACCUCACCUAUUCGCUAAUGAAUAUCCGUUUAAUUAGAUCGUGUGUUUAUUUUUAUUUUUCGUGUUGUUUUUUUUUCUGCGUCUACCU